UUUAAUCUUGGAUGACAGCUCUGAAAACGAUGCCUUUAAUCGUCCAAAACGAGCUGUAACCGCUAAAAAAGAACGUAUCUGGGAUUAUGGUGUAAUACCCUAUGAAAUCGAUCAUAUUUUUAGUGGAGCACACAAGGCUCUCUUCAAACAGGCCAUGAAACAUUGGGAGAAUUUUACCUGUAUAAAGUUUGUGGAAAGAGAUCCCAAAGUGCAUCCAAAUUAUAUAUAUUUUACCAUAAAAAAUUGUGGAUGCUGUUCCUUUGUGGGCAAACGGGGCAAUGGCCGUCAAGCCAUUUCCAUAGGCCGUAAUUGUGAAAAAUUUGGCAUUGUGGUGCAUGAGCUGGGCCAUGUGGUGGGCUUUUGGCAUGAACAUACGCGCACAGAUCGUGAUCAACAUAUUAUCAUUAAUAAAGCCAAUAUCAUGAAAGGCCAGGAAUAUAAUUUUGAUGUUUUAUCACCCGAAGAUGUGGAUUCUUUGGGCUUACCCUAUGACUACAACUCCAUAAUGCAUUAUGCCCGUAACACUUUUUCCAAAAGUGUUUAUCUGGAUACCAUACAGCCUUUGGGGGUGAGAGAGCAUGAAAAGAUUGAAAUUGGCCAGCGCAUUAAGCUGAGUAAGGGUGAUAUAGCCCAGGCGAAUUUACUAUAUAAAUGUGCCACCUGUGGCCGCACGUUUCAACAGAAUGCCGGUCAAAUUAUUGCUCCCCAUUAUAGUUAUAAAGCGGCUAGUGGCAAUGAUUUAAGCGAUGAGGUGGAGGGUAGUGGCAGUGAUGGUGAUUAUGAUUUCAAUACGGAUUUUGAUAAGUCUUUGGAAUCGUGUGAGUGGCGUAUAACGGCCACAAAUGGUGAAAGGAUUAUAUUGCAGCUGCAUCAAGUGAAUCUCUUUCUCUCCCCCGACUGCAGCGAAGAUUAUAUCGAAAUACGUGAUGGCUAUUGGCAUAAAUCACCCGUUAUCCAGCGAUUGUGUGGGAAUCAUACAUCUGUAACCAUAAAAAGUGACUCCAGUCGUAUGCUGAUUAGUUAUGUUAAUCGGCGUAGUAUUAAAGGGUUCCGCGGUUUUAUGGCUGAUUUUGAGGUGGUCUGUGGUGGCGAUAUUUUCUUAACCGAGGAUCGGCGUAUUGACUCCCCCAACUAUCCUUUGGAGUACUUUCCCGACAAGGAGUGUGUUUGGCGCAUAACCGUGCCCGACAAUCAUCAGGUGGCCUUAAAGUUUCAGUCGUUUGAAUUGGAAAAUCAUGACAAUUGCAUUUACGAUUAUGUGGAGAUACGUGAUGGCAAUAGUGCAGAAUCGAAAUUAAUAGGAAUAUUUUGUGGCUACAAACUGCCACCAAAUAUAAAAACCAAUAGUAAUCAAAUGUAUUUGAAAUUUGUUUCGGAUGGCUCUGUGCAAAAAGUUGGCUUUUCGGCGGUAUUCAUGCAGGAAGUCGAUGAAUGCAAAUUUGCCAAUCAUGGCUGCGAACAUGAGUGUGUAAAUACUUUGGGGAGCUAUCAGUGUGGCUGUUUUGCAGGCUAUGAAUUGCAGCCAAAUGGCAGGACAUGUGAAGAUGCUUGUGGUGGCAUCAUUGAUGCUAGUGUGGGCAGUGGUGUGGUAAAUUCACCCUCUUGGCCCGAUGUUUAUCCCAUUUCCAAGGAGUGCAUUUGGGAAAUAAUGGCUCCUGCCAAUCAUGCUGUAUUUUUGAAUUUCACUGCUUUUGAUUUGGAGGGCACCAAGUUCCAGUAUACCGAGUGUAAUUAUGAUUAUUUGGUGGUGUAUUCGAAGCUAAGAGACAAUAGACUAAAGAAAAUUGGUGUUUAUUGUGGCCAUGAAAUUCCCCCCUUGAUUAAUUCGGAGCAAAGUAUUUUGAGACUGGAAUUCUUUUCGGAUAAAUCGGUACAGCAUACAGGAUUUUCAGCAAAGUUUCAGAUAGACACCGACGAAUGCAGUAUCAACAAUGGUGGCUGUCAGCAUCACUGUCGCAACUCUUUCGGCUCCUAUACAUGCAGUUGUCGCAAUGGUUAUACCCUGCACGAAAAUCGCCACAACUGCACCGAAACCAAGUGUAAAUUUGAAAUAACCAAUCCCUAUGGCGUCAUCUCCAGUCCCAGAUAUCCAGAAGAUUAUCCUCGCAACAUCUACUGCUAUUGGCAUUUCCGCACUGUCUUGGGUCAUCGGGUACAAUUAACAUUCCAUGAAUUUCAAUUGGAAAAUCAUCAAGAAUGUAUAUAUGAUUUCCUGGCCAUACAUGAUGGCAAAUCGGAGAAUAGCUCUACUUUAGGUGUUUACUGUGGGGGUAGGGAACCCUAUGCAGUGGUGGCCUCUUCCCAUGAUAUGUUUAUGGUUCUGAAAACAGAUGCUGGAUUGCAGCGUAAGGGUUUCUUUGCUACAUAUUCCACAGAAUGUGGUGGCUAUUUAAGAGCCACAAAUCACUCUCAAAUAUUCUAUUCUCAUCCUCGUUAUGGUUCAAGACCCUACAAACGUAAUAUGUAUUGUAAUUGGCGCAUACAAUCGGAUCCGGAGAGUAGUGUUAAAAUAAAAUUUUUACACUUUGAAAUUGAGUAUUCGGAAAGAUGUGAUUAUGAUUCUUUGGAAAUCUCGGAGGAACAAAGUUUUCAACGUAACACCAAUCAUGGCAAAUAUUGUGGAAAUAGGAAACCUCCAGUCAUUAUCUCCUAUUCCGACACCAUUCUCAUACGCUUUCAAUCGGAUGAAAGUACUUCCCUUAAAGGUUUUGCCAUCUCCUUUGUAGCCGUUGAGCCUCCCGAGGAUGAUAAUGGUGAUGAUUAUAUGUCGGUUACACCAUUUCCCGGUUACAUGAAAUCCGUCUACUAUUCCUCAGAGUCCCAAAGUUCCGAAGAGGAGAAUGAUGACCACUACAGAGACAGUAGUAGUACUAGUAGUAAAGGUUAUACACCUUAUCGAACAGUCAGUCAACGUUUACGUUUAAAUUAAGUUGAAUUUAUAAAA